CCCGAGAAGUUGACCUCACCUCAAUGUACCACGUUUAGGCGAAGUGCGAAACGGAAUGACGGCUGGCUUACUUAUAUUUGAACCAUAAUAUUUAAUUUGCUUGAAAACUGUAUUUUGUAACUGAUGCAAAUCUAAGAAAAUAUAUAUAUUUUUUAAAAAUGAGCUCUGAUUGUUAUGCUGCGUUAUCUUGUGUGAGAGAUUUAAUCUCGAAUAAUUGCGUGUGUAGAGAAGGUAAAUAUGUUACUGAAGAUUCUUUGAUUGAAGAUGGAGAUUCACCUGAAGAUCAAAUGUAUGACUUGUUGGAUGAAGAUGCUCUGGAAGAGGUAUUUGCUGAUCAUGUGCUAAUGAGUGAAAGGUUGCAAAAGACAUUAUAUGCUGGAAAAUUAGAUGAUGACUUUCCUGACCAUCCUCCUAUAGCUCUUACAGGAUUGGCACUGGAACUGUUUUCAAAGGCUGCACCAAAUUAUGGAAUUGAUAUAUUGGAUAUGGAUUAUGUUUCUUCAAUUUCGGAAUCAGCAAAAAUAUCACCUUAUGCGAUGAUUGUGGCUAUGAUUUAUCUUGAACGACUUCAGUUAAAAAAUAGUGAAUAUCUGGAAACUGUUUCUCCUUCUGGCCUUUUUGUUGUAACAAUGUUGGUAGCUUCUAAAUUUCUGUUUGAGAAUGAAGAAGAUAUUGUGACGAACCAACUGUGGGCUGAAUAUUUGAAUUUUGAAGUUAAAGAGUUAAACAACUUGGAGCGGGAUUUCCUUGCAGCAAUUGAUUGGAAAAUAUUUGUGGAACCAUCUGAUUAUUUGCAGCAAUUAUCUGAAGUUGAAAAAAUCAUUGCCCUUAGACAAUCAUCAGUUCGUGGGUGGUUAUCAUACAGUGACAUGUGUGUCAUGAUGCAGGAUGCAGUUCUAAAAGCCUUGUUAUCAUCUUGUCUUAAAAGAAUUGCUAAGGCUGCUUUACUAUGGACUUUGGGGUAUGCAACGACUGCUUUUGCUUUGUAUGGUUCUGCAAUCUUGUUACAGCGAUGUGCAAAAUCAGAUAAACCAUCAGAAAUUACUAUAUCAAAAGAAAAUUUAACAAGCUUGACUUUACCUAUCACCAAUACCAAUGAAUCAUGUGAUAUUAAUAAUCAAGUUCAUAUUUCUGACCAACUGUCUGUUGCUUCACUGCCAAAUCUGAGUAUUUGUGCGCAUCAAGAUAGCAAAAGUAAAGUUCAUCUGCACAAAGAAUCCCUAGCUUGCCGGUCAUUUUCUAAAUCGAAAGUUACAGUUUCCAUUUCAUGGAGCUCUAAUCAAGAAUUUAGAAUUGGUGCUCUAGGCAAUUUUGAUCCUUGUUUCAUAAAAUUUUCUACAAAAGAAUUCUUAGUUAAUCACACAUUUAGCAAUAUUAACUGGUUAGGAAUAAAAAGAUCUGUAUCAGUUAUAUAGGUUGAAAUAGUCAAAUUUACUAAAUUGGCUGUAUUUAUAAGUAUUUUUACAUACCUUUCUAUAACCCUUUAUAGAAAUUUUACAUCAUUUGUGGUGUAGGACUUUCAAGACAAUAAAUACUGAAC